AUGACUCGCAGUCGAAAUAUCCGUCUCUACCGCGCGUGCCAGCGGUGUCGCCAGCGGAAGCUCAAAUGUGAUCCAACGGCCUCGCCCGGUGGCACUAAGUCCUCGUGCCUACAGUGUGCCCGGGCCGGGAAUGAAUGUGUUCUUGCCGGAUCGCGCCGUGGAGGUAAUUUCUCGCGGUUGCGACGUUCACAACAGGAGAGCUCUACACUAGUUCGCAGGAUCGACGCAAGUCACGAUCCGGAAAGCCAGGCGGGCCACGAGCGGAAAAGACCUGAUGAUCCUAUCUACGCUGAGCUCACCAACCCUGGUGAUGCGCUUCAAAUUCUUGCACAGCUUGCUGCAAAUGACCUCCAGUGUCCGAAUCCUCCGUCCGUCGCGGAGAGGUCCAACGCAAAGCGAGGCCAUUACGAGACAGAACCUCCUAACGACGGCAUGCUUAACUUCAUGCAGCUGCCUAAAACCCAAGCUGCACUGUCUGAUAUGGAAACCUUCGUGAUCGGCAUUUUAGGCACGGACACGGUGUAUCGGCUGUUGCAUCUCUAUGCUACUAACCACCACACUUUCUGUCCUCUUGUACCAAAAACAAUCCUAGCCACGGCGGAUUUGCGCAAGCUAGCAGUUAACGAGCCUUUCUUACUGGCAGUAAUUCUGACAAUCGCAUCCAAAGAUGAGGCUGCAUAUCAGGACAUCCAUCGACAGUGCUGGCAGAAUCUUAAGCAACAUCUACUUGAUAUUCUAAUGGCUGCACCAUCAACUUUAAAUGUCGGGUCAGUGGAGGGUCUCCUGCUGCUCGCUGAGUGGGUUCCCUACAUGCACAUCGAAACUUCGUGCUGUCCUGGGCCGUUACCUGGGAGUGUUAGCGCGGUUGAAGAUAAUAUGGCCUGGUCACUGAUUGGCCAAGCCGUGAGGCAUUCGUACCUCCUCCGCUUAGAUAAGGCAUCCUUUCGGGAGACAGCUCUUGGGGAGUCGCAGGACCUUCAAAACCGAAAGCGCAUGGCAUGGAUAUUUGUGUACAUUGCAGACCGACAAAUAUCCGUCCGCAUGGGGCAGUCUUUCUGGUCGCGUGGGCCUUCGCUCUCGACUCGCUUUACCGCCAAAGAUUUUCCGAGUCUGUGCCUCAGUUCAGACUCUCAACACAACUACGCAUCCGUGCUAGAAGCCACUAUUGAGCUCACACAGCUCCUUCACAACGUACACGACGUUUUAUACUCGUCUAAAGAGCGCCGCCUGCAAAUGGUUCGGCGAGGGGAUUACAACCGCUACCUUGACGAUUUUCGGUGCUCCUUGUCGUCGUGGCAAACCCGCUGGGAUGACCUAGAGACAUCGCCAAAGCUGAAUUGCACCCUGCGCAUUGUCAUGGAGUAUGUUCGCUUGUAUGCCAAUGCCUUCUCUUUCCAGUCGCUCCUUUCAAGGGCAGUCCACGACAACCGCACCGUGGGAGAAACAACUCCUGGAUCGACUGCAGAACCCAAGCGUCCUCUAUCGCUGUUCCCUCGGGGCAUCAUGUCGACCGCAGAGGGCGCAUAUAUCCUCGAAGCCGUGGAUGCGUCCCGGAAUAUCCUGACAAUAGCUGGCCAAACCAAUCCUGAAUCGCAUAUUCGCUACAUGCCAUUCCGUUUCUACGUAUACACUGUCUACUCCGCUGUCUUCUUAUACAAGGCGAAUGUCUUCGGGGCCCUAGCACAUGCGGAAAAGAUUGAAAUUGCCACCUUGGUACAGCAGUUUAUCCGAGUGCUCGAAGGAGCUGCCACCGAAGUUUUCCACAUUGCUAGCCGUUUCGCAAGUCUACUAAAACGCAUGUGGCGUUCUGACAAGAAGCUUCCUUCUCUUAUGAGGAAAACAUCGUCCGACGUUCUAAGUCAAGUGAAUAAUUUACCAGCCCGAUGUGCACCCCCCUGGAACACCAACUUGGUCGAUAACCAGAUCCGUCAUGAUGGUGCCUUCGAAAUGAGAGUUCCUGAGCUUAUGGAUGUUCCAACGCCGGAUUUCGACAUAUUUUGCCCUGAACUUUCCAGUUUGGAGUCAGAACUGGUCGGCCUUGGCAUGGGCGCCUCUGACUUUCCAACACAAGGAGAGAUGUAUUCUAGGAUAUUCAUGGAUUUAGAGUAG